CCUCUACUACCGGCGAGAAUGAAGACCAUUCUCAGUAACCAGACUGUGGACAUCCCCGACGGUGUCGAUGUGAGGUUGAAGGGGCGGACGGUGAUCGUGAAGGGGCCUCGGGGUAUGCUCCGAAGGGAGUUCAACCACAUCAACCUUGAACUCAGUCUCCUGGGCAAGACACACAAAAAGCUUCGUGUGGAUAAAUGGUGGGGCAACAGGAAGGAGCUGGCCACGGUCAGAACCAUCUGUAGCCACGUCCAGAACAUGAUCAAGGGAGUCACUAUGGGCUUUCGUUAUAAGAUGCGCUCCGUGUAUGCCCAUUUCCCCAUCAACGUGGUGAUGCAGGAGGGGGGGUCUCUAGUGGAGAUCAGGAACUUCCUGGGGGAGAAAUACAUCCGUCGUGUCCGAAUGAGACAGGGGGUGUCUUGUGCUGUGUCAGCUGCCCAGAAGGAUGAGUUGAUCCUGGAGGGUAAUGAUAUUGAGCUGGUGUCAAACUCAGCUGCUCUGAUCCAACAAGCUACCACAGUCAAAAACAAGGACAUCAGAAAGUUCUUGGAUGGAAUUUACGUUUCGGAGAAGGGCACAGUAAUCCAGAAGGAGGACUAGAUUCUGUCUCGCCAAGGGGUCCCCAUGUAGUUAAUUUGUCCAGUGUAGCCAAGAGGUCCAUCUAUUGAAGUCAAGAAGAGCAGCAGGAGUUCCUGGAUGGUGCUGACUGGAUGUUUUCUAUCAACACUCAAUCUCUUGACCAAUAAAUUCCCUUUUUCAGGCACUCAC